AGUUAAUUUUCCCAGAACCACUUUCCAGACUGUCACGUCUGAAAUAGGUUACAGUAGAUCGAAGGGAGGAAUUCGUAGGCGUACCGUGUCUUGUUCGGUGGUACGGAAAAUCAUACUCGCGUAUGGUUGCGCGAGGCAAAACGUAACAUUUAAGAGUGUACAGUCGCCGUCGUGGAUAGGUUACAUUUAAUUUAUCAUCGAUACCUCGAUCGGGUGUGCGGUCUGGUGAAGCGCUUCGCGAUGGAGCUUCAGCUGCAGCGGAAGCAGGGCACACCAGCCUCGGGGACACUGCAGCAGCGUGGCAACGACAGUGUGGCAGGCAACGGGGCGGCCACAGGCAGUUCCGCUAACGGUGCAAUCGGGAAGAAUGAUAGCUACGACAGUUCGCACAGCAGCAGCAACACGGAGGACACUACCGAGACGGACGACCGCCGGAGGAAGAUGAUGAAAAACAGAGCCAGAAAUAAUAGACUCAUGCAGCAGCAACAUCAAGCGCAACAGAACACCACCGAUAGUGCGAAGGUCGCCGCGGGAAAGAAGCUGGCCGAUGGUGAACGUAUUACGCUGAUCGUGGACAACACGACGUUCUCGGUGAACGUGUCGAUGCUGACGGCACAACCACAGACCAUGCUGGGACGCAUGUUCGGUUCCGGGCUUGAAUUUACGCACCCGAACGAACGGGGCGAGUACGAGGUAGCGGAUGGCAUAUCGCACACCGUCUUCCGGGCCAUCCUCGAGUAUUACCUGUCCGGGGUGAUACGCUGUCCGCCAACGGUCUCGGUGCAGGAGCUACGUGAGGCGUGUGAUUAUCUGCUGAUCCCGUUCAACGCCGAUACGAUCCGGUGCCAGAAUCUGCGUGGCCUGUUGCACGAGCUGUCCAACGAGGGAGCAAGCAUUCAGUUCGAGGCGUUCCUGGAAUCGCUGAUACUGCCACUGAUGGUGGAUGCAGCUCGGCAAGGCCAUCGCGAGUGUCACAUUGUAGUUCUCUCGGAAGAUGAUAUCAUCGACUGGGAUGCUGAGUACCCGCCGCAGAUGGGUGAAGAAGACUGCCAAACGGUGGCCAACACGGCCAUGUAUCGGUUUUUCAAGUACAUCGAAAACCGUGAUGUCGCAAAGCAGGUGCUGAAGGACAGGGGACUGAAAAAGAUUCGGCUCGGCAUCGAGGGCUACCCAACGUACAAGGAAAAGAUAAAACGUCGCCCUAGUGGCCGCAUGGAAGUGAUCUACAACUAUCUGCAGCGCCCAUUCAUUCACAUGUCGUGGGAAAAGGAGGAAGCGAAGAGUCGCCACGUGGACUUCCAGUGUGUAAAGUCCAAAUCGGUUACAAAUCUGGCGGAGGCAACUGCUGACCCGGCCCUGGAGCUCGAUUCGGCAGGGAAUCCGCUUCCUCAGCGGCACUUUGAAAUAUCGCACGAACCAGACGCGGAACCCUUCAUGCGGAACCCGGACGCUCUGCUCGACGGCGAAGAAGGUGCGAUCGGUGGGCUGGCGAAUGCGGACGAAAUCGGCAAUCUUGGUCCCGAGGAGCCACAGUAAAGGGAAGGGGACAGCAUGCACGGGCAAACAAAACCAGCAAUGCACGCAUAGUUAGAGGAGCGGGUUGUAGCUUUUCGUCGCUUCCGUCCUUCCGUUAUGUCGGUACACUUCGGCCGUCUGUCGUCUAGCGUGUUCUCCAUAUACAGCCCUACCGUUUCUUCCUGCGCCUACAAAUCACAACGAGAUUGAUCGAUGAACAAGCAUACUACACCUCGCCGAAAUGGUGAUAUAGCUAAAAGGGAAACAUUGGAAGUGAUAGUGAAAUGAAUUGAUCCUCGUAAAACAUUUCAAGCCCCCAACUCCUCUACACCUUACUCAAGGUUUCUAAGCAAACGCAAAUGAGAUUCUUAAAAAAAUCAAACGAAGUCCGUGUGGUGUUCAAUGAAUGGUUCUUAUUAGUCGUGAGAAUGUUGAAGAAGGUAUUUUUGUGUUGUUUCCUUGUUUUCUGUCCGAGUGCGUGGGUUGGUGCUGUUAGCCAUCGAAGCAAGACGAAAACAGCACUAAAAGACCUCCUUAAUUACCUGUCCUUUUUAUUUUAUUUUUUUGUUGGCGGAUAACUAUUUCCUUCCUCUUGAUGUGAUCAACAGGUUACAGACGUUCUGUUUUACAAUUUUUAUUAUUUAAAAAUGUUUUCAUUUUUGUGUGCUUUAGAUGUGUACAUAUGAAUAGUUUACUCCAUUCUUCAUCUCUUCAUACUCGUAACAUUUUUUUUUAUUUACUCAUAUAUUACGCGAUUUCAUAAUUGCUCCUCAUGAUUAUAUACUGACAUUAAUGUUCGUUCUUUUUAUAAUCUGUUUUCUUGAGUUUAGUUGUUCAUUCUUUCUUGUGCGAGCGUUCUCUUUUAAGUAUAAACGAAUUAAACUUUUUUAUACCAUGCGAAAAUGAAUAAAAUAUAUUGAGCCUUUAAACAACG